AUGAAGUCACCACUUUACAUGCUCGCCAUCCUUCUUCCUCUCAUCGCUGCGGCAACUCCAAUUGCGGACCCCGAGGCUGACUUCGAGGAACUCGAAGAGCGAGACCGAGGAGAUGGCCGAGAUGGUGGCCGAAAUGGAGGAGGCCGUGAUAGAGACGAAUGCAAGGUCAAGCGAAGCUAUCCAUACUACAAGUACCCUUGCAAUUCGAGCCCCAGGAUUGCCUUUUCCCAAGUCGGUGCUACUUUCACAUCCUCCUGCCGGUACCAGUAA